GAGCGUCCUGUCACUGGUGGAAAAUGGCUGCUCGGAGUGGCUCCCCAAAGCUCAGAGAAAACUGAGGAGAAAAAAAGUCUCCAUUACCAACAAGAGGUCACAGCUGGACCUUUUUCUAACAGGAUACACGACAACUCGGGGACGCCUCGACACUGACAAUGUCUCGCUGGGUGCCCACCAAGAAGGAAAAGUAUGGUGUUGCAAUCUAUAACUAUGAUGCCCGGGGAGAGGAGGAGCUGUCGCUGCAGAUUGGAGACACAGUGCACAUACUUGAGACACAUGAAGACUGGUACAGAGGGCAUAGGCUGAGGAGAAAAUCCAAGAAGGGCAUAUUUCCUGCUUGCUAUAUACACCUGAAAGAGGCCACAGUCGAGGGCAUUGGGCAAAAGGAGACAGUCAUUCCCACUGAGCUGCCCCUGGUUCAGGAGGUUACCACCACGCUGCGGGAAUGGGCUACAAUAUGGAGGGACUUGUAUGUGGGGGACAAACGCGAGAUGUUCAACUCUGUCCGUGAUAUGAUCUACGACCUCAUCGAAUGGCGUUCCCAGAUCCUGUCCGGCACCCUCCCACAGGACGAGCUCACCGAGCUCAAACAAAAAGUCACCUCCAAGAUAGACUACGGCAACAAGUACUUGGAUCUCGAUCUGGUGGUCAGAGACAAAGAUGGAAACAUCCUGGAUCCAGAGCUCACCAGCACCGUCAGCCUGUUCAGAGCACACGAGGCAGCGUCCAAACAAAUAGAGGAUCGGAUUCAAGAGGAGAAGUCUCAGAAGCAGAAUAUUGAUCUGACCAGGCAAGCAAAGUUUGCCUCCACACCAGCGUUUGCCCUCUUUGUGACUCUAAAAAAUGUGGUGUGUAAGAUCGGCGAGGACGCAGAGGUGCUCAUGUCACUCUACGACCCAGUGGAGUCCAAGUUCAUCAGUGAAAACUACCUGGUGAAAUGGUCAAGUUCAGGUCUGGUGAAAGACAUAGACCAGCUUCAUAAUCUGCGGGCCGUCUUCACAGACUUAGGCAGUGAAGAUCUGAAGAGAGAGAAGAUCAGCUUUGUGUGUCAGAUUGUCAGAGUGGGGCGCAUGGAGCUACGAGACAACAACACCAAGAAGCUGACGUCAGGACUGAGACGACCCUUUGGAGUGGCAGUAAUGGAUGUCACCGACAUCAUAACGGGCAAAAUGGACGAUGAGGACAAGCAGCACUUUAUCCCAUUUCAGCCGCUAGCGUUGGAUGACGCCAUUCGCCACAAGCAGCUGAACAUCUCCCGUUUUUCACCCAGGGUGGCAGGGGAGAACGACUUCCUCCAGACAGUCAUCAACAAAGUUAUCACCGCCAAAGAGGUCAAUCACAAGGGCCAAGGCCUGUGGGUGACUCUGAAGCUGCUUCCUGGAGACAUCCAUCAGAUAAGGAAGGACUUCCCUCACCUGGUGGACCGAUCAACAGCUGUGGCUCGCAAGAUGGGCUUCCCUGAGAUCAUCAUGCCAGGUGAUGUGCGAAAUGACAUCUAUGUGACUUUGGUCCUGGGGGAUUUUGACAAGGGGAGCAAGACCACUCCGAAAAACGUCGAAGUGACCAUGUCUGUUUAUGACGAGGACGGCAAGAAACUGGAGAAUGUGAUCUUCCCUGGAGCUGGAGAUGACGGGAUCAAUGAGUACAAGUCUGUCAUCUACUACCAAGUGAAGCAGCCACGCUGGUUUGAAACAAUAAAGGUUGCCAUCCCUAUUGAAGACGUGAACCGGAGCCACUUGCGUUUCACCUUUCGCCACCGCUCAUCGCAGGACUCCAAAGACAAGUCAGAGAAGAUAUUCGCCUUGUCUUUUGUGAAGUUGAUGAGGUAUGAUGGGACGACCCUGAGGGACGGCGAGCAUGAUCUCAUCGUGUACAAGGUAAAUGUGAAAUAGGCCAUAACACAGUUAGAAGUCAGUGUCUGCGGGCACCACCUGGGAAACACCCAGAACCUGGGCAACCUGGGCAACUGUACCAUCAGCAAGGACUCCUUCCAGAUCUCCACCCUGGUCUGCUCCACCAAGCUCACACAGAACGUGGACUUGCUCGGCCUGCUGAAGUGGCGCACCAACACCAGCCUGCUGCAGCAGAACCUUCGUCAGCUGAUGAAGGUGGAAGGCGGCGAGGUUGUCAAGUUUCUGCAAGACACUCUGGAUGCUCUCUUCAACAUCAUGAUGGAGAACUCUGACAGUGACACUUUUGAUACUCUGGUGUUCGAUGCCUUGGUGUUCAUAAUUGGGCUCAUAGCUGACAGAAAGUUCCAGCACUUCAACCCUGUUCUUGAGACCUACAUUCGGAAGCAUUUCAGUGCCACGCUGGCGUACACGAAGUUGACCAAAGUUCUGAAGAACUACGUGGACAACGCUGAGAAGCUGACGGAACAGCUGCUGAAGGCCAUGAAGGCUCUGGAGUACAUCUUCAAGUUCAUCGUCCGCUCCAGAGUCCUCUUUAACCAGCUCUAUGAGAACAAAGGAGAGGCCGACUUCAUGGAGUCCUUGAGGAACCUUUUCACAUCCUUUAAUGACAUGAUGAACAGUAAUUCAGAGAACACUGGCAUGGUGAAGGGUGCUGCACUGAAGUACAUUCCUACCAUCGUCAACGAUGUCAAGCUGGUCUUUGAUCCAAAGGAACUAAGCAAGCUGUUCACCGAGUUCAUCUUGAAGGUUCCUCUGGGUCGCCUGGUGAAACAGAAGCUAGACUGUCUGAUUGACAUCGUCCACAGUGAUCUCUUCGCUCAUCACGAUUGCCGUGAGAUCCUCCUGCCGCUGAUGACGGACCAGCUGAAGUUCCACCUGGAGAAGCGUGAGGAGCUAAAGGCUUGCUGCCAGCUGCUCAGUGACAUCCUGGAAGUGCUCUACAGGAAGGAUGUGGGUCCCACCCAGUGGCAUGUGCAGAUCGUCAUGGAGAAGCUCCUGAGGACAGUUAACAGGACAGUCAUCUCCAUGGGCCGCGACUCCCCUCACAUAGGGAGCUUCGUGGCCAGCAUGACUGCCACACUGAGGCAGAUGGACGACUAUCAUUAUGCUCAUCUGAUCAACACCUUUGGCAAGAUAAGGAGUGAUGUGGUGGAUUUCCUAAUGGAAACAUUUAUCAUGUUUAAAGAUCUCAUUGGGAAAAACGUCUACCCCUCAGACUGGGUCAUAAUGAACAUGAUGCAAAAUAAAGUGUUCCUGCGGGCCAUUAGUCAGUAUGCAGCAGUGUUGAACAAGAAAUUUCUGGAUCAAACCAACUUUGAGCUGCAGCUGUGGAACAACUACUUCCACCUGGCUGUAGCCUUCCUCACCCAGGAGUCUUUGCAGUUGGAGAACUUCUCAAGCGACAAAAGAGCCAAGAUCUUCCACAAGUACCAGGACAUGAGAAGACAAAUUGGCUUUGAAAUCAGGGACAUGUGGUACAAUCUAGGGCCCCACAAGAUCAAAUUCAUCCCAGAGAUGGUGGGUCCUAUCCUAGAGAUGACGCUAGUCCCCGAGAUUGAGUUGCGAAAGGCCACCAUCGCCAUCUUCUUUGACAUGAUGCAGUGCGAGUUCCACUUCACAUGCAGCUUCCAGCGGUUUGAGAACGAGAUCAUCACCAAGCUGGAUCACGAGGUGGAGGGGGGCCGCGGAGACGAGCAGUACAAAGUUCUCUUUCAGAAAAUUUUACUGGAGCACUGCAGGAAGCACAAGUACUUGGCCAAGACGGGCGAAAACUUCGUCACUCUGGUGGUGCGUCUGCUGGAGAGGCUGCUGGACUACAGGACCAUCAUGCACGACGAGAACAAAGAGAACCGCAUGAGCUGCACUGUCAAUGUGCUCAACUUUUACAAGGAGAUAGACAGGGAGGAGAUGUACAUCAGGUACCUGUACAAGCUGUGCGACCUCCACAAAGAGUGCGACAACUACACGGAAGCUGCCUACACUCUGCUGCUACACGCCAAACUGCUCAAGUGGUCGGACGAGCAGUGCGCAGCCCACCUGACCCAGAGAGACGGCUACCAGGCCACCACUCAAGGACAGCUUAAGGACCAGCUCUACCAGCAGAUUAUCAAUUACUUCGACAAGGGCAAGAUGUGGGAGGAGGCAAUCAUUCUGGGCAAGGAACUGGCUGAACAGUACGAGAAUGAAAUGUUUGACUUUGAGCAGCUCAGCGCAUCCUUGCGGAAGCAGGCCCAGUUCUAUGAGAACAUAGUAAAGGUCAUCCGGCCCAAACCAGACUACUUUGCUGUUGGCUAUUACGGCAUGGGCUUCCCCUCCUUCCUACGCAACAAGAUGUUCAUCUACCGUGGGAAGGAGUACGAGCGCAGAGAGGAUUUCGAAGCGCGUCUUCUCACGCAGUUUCCCAACGCAGAGAAGAUGAAGACGACGACACCACCCAGCGAGGACACAAAGUGCUCCUCUGGACAAUACAUCCAGUGUUUCACGGUUAAACCCAUCCUCGACCUGCCUGCCAAGUUCCAAAACAAACCCGUCUCUGAGCAAAUAUUGAGCUUCUACACGGUAAAUGAAGUCCAUAAAUUCCAGUAUUCCAGGCCAGUGAGGAAAGGAGAGAAGGACCCUGACAAUGAGUUUGCGAACAUGUGGAUUGAGAGGACCACGUACACGACAGCAUACAAGCUUCCUGGCAUCCUGCGCUGGUUUGAAGUCAAGUCAGUCUCCACAGAGGAGAUCAGCCCACUGGAGAACGCCCUGGAGACGAUGCAGCUGACCAAUGAGAAGAUCAGCAGCAUGGUGCAGAGGCAUCUCAACGAUCCUAACCUUCCAAUCAACCCCCUCUCCAUGUUGCUGAAUGGGAUUGUGGACCCAGCAGUCAUGGGAGGUUUUACCAACUAUGAGAAGGCCUUCUUCAAUGAUAAGUACAUGCAGGAACACCCAGAGGACCUUGAGAAAAUAGAGAAACUGAAGGACUUGAUCGCCUGGCAGAUCCCACACCUCGCCGAAGGUGUCCGCAUCCACGGGGAGAAGGUCACGGAGGCGCUGAGGCCUUUCCACGACCGCCUGGAGGCCUGCUUCAAGCAACUGCGGGAGAAGGUUGAGAAACAGUAUGGGGUAAAGACCCUGCCGGCAGCAGACGAACGUCGGGGGCCUCGUCCUCACUCCAUGGUGCGCUCCUUCACCAUGCCCUCCUCCCAGAGGCCACUGUCAGUGGCUUCAGUCACCUCCAUCUCCUCUGACAACUCCCCCUCCAGGCCUGGCUCUGAUGGUUUUGCCCUGGAGCCUCUCCUGCCAAAGAAGCUGCACACCAAGUCUCAGGACAAGCUGGACCGCGACGAGCCCGAGAGGGAGCGCAAAGAGAAGAAGAAGGAGAAGAGGAACAGUAAGCACCAGGAGAUCUUUGACAAAGAGAUGAAGACCACGGAGAUUCCUCUGCAGCCCGCUGAAGCUGUCAUACUGUCAGAGACGAUCAGCCCACUACGGCCUCAGAGACCAAGAAGUCAAGUUCUCAGCCAGAUUGGUGGAGACCGUCGCCUCUCCGUGUCCCCUGGACCCCCGUCUUCCUCCUCCAAUUCCUCCUCCUCACCAGGACCCCCGCCCAUCACACCCAGGAACAAACUCUCCUUCAGCCUGCACACUGUUUCCAGUCUGGAGCUGAACGGGAUGGGCUGUUCUGACAAAGGUGAAACCCCUCCUCCGCUGCCAGUGAAAGGCAGCAAUGCUGAUUACGGCAACCUGGUAGAUAAUCAAGACUUGACGAGUCCCUCGACGCCUCCACCACCCCCGCCACAUCAAAGGCACAUUCCACCUCCUCUGCCCAGCAAGACCCCUCCUCCACCUCCUCCCAAGACCACCAGGAAACAGGCCUCCAUCGAUUCAGGAAUUGUACAGUGAACAAAGACGCUGACAGUAGGACCGAACGCCACACUGACAACACAACAAAAACAACAUCAACAGUAACCGCUCCCACCGAAAAAGCGGCUGAUUUUACCCACACAUUCCUCGCUCCCUGUCCCAGCUUGACAAGAUGAAUACCUCACCGCAGCCCGCCCCUUCUUAUCAUCUUUUUUUUAUUUUUAAAUUUCUUUUCCUAUCUUUGCUUCCAGUUUGACGAUGAUGCAGUCUGCAACAGGGAGCAUGUUGCACAGACGAGUAGUCACUGAAUUUAAAGACGCCUGACGCCAUGCCACUUCAAGACUUUAUCAGGACCAACAGCUUUCCAAUACUGACCCACUCUCAAGUAUACGAGAGCACAUUAAAGAAUAAUUCCUCUCUUUUAUUCAUAUUCCCACUAUGUACAGAGGUUUGUAUAUAUGAUUUUAUUUUAUUUCAGGUUUUUUUUUGUAUGUGAUUUGACUCUUUUUGUAUUAACGUAUCAUUAGAUUAAGUGGCAUUUAUAUGAAACAAAAAAAGGGCUUGUAGGUUUUGAAUUGACAGGGACUUUACAGAGUUGGUAUGUGAGAACCUAUCAUGGAUUUUAUUGGUAAAAACUUUUGGAGUGCACAUACAACUAAUUCCUAUCACAGUGUCAUAUCUUGUUCCGACCUUGUCCUAGAUUGCUGUAACCUUGGUUUUCAAUAAUAUUGACUGUUCCCAAUUCACUACUGACAUGACUUCUGAAUAAACUUUCAAAUGUAUGUAUUUUUAAAAAAAAUAAAAUGUCUGCCUCAUUAUUUUUUGUCUAUGGCAA